AUGGAAAUUGUCCAGGAGAUUAAUUCCCCUUUUCCGCGCAGGAACUACAAAGCGGAUGGCGCUUGUGAGCGUAUGGUGGCCAACUCUGUGCAACAGUGGCGUAAGACCAUGCUCGACGAAGCUUACCGCCGCGAGUUCAACUGGCCGUAUCGCAAACGUCACCGUGGUGGGAGAUUAGACAAGCUCAGACUGGAGAGGCGUGUACAAGCGAUUGCGCGGUGGCAGCCUCUCUCGCCCAUCAAGGUGAACAAAAUAUUCAGACACAUACGCAAGCUUCCCGUCAUGGUUGCCAUGGGCGACCUCGCACAACGUGGUGCCAAUCGCUACGCCGUUGCCGUAUACAAGCUUAUCAAGUCUGCACUCACUAACGCGCAAGCCAUGUAUGGGAACGACGAUGCGCCACUAGUGCCACGGUUCCGUGAACUCACAGCGACCAAUGGCGGCUUCAUAAAAAGACCACUGUUCCGUGCCAAGGGACGUUGUGACGUUAUCCGGAAACCCAAAGCGCAUAUAAAGGUUGUGCUAACAGUGUGA